CCUGCGCGUGACUAUGACGUCAGCACGUCACAUUACUGUAGUCAUGUGAUGUAUCUUCUUUUUCAGUUUUUUUUUUCUCAGAGGAAGUAUUUUUAUUAUGUAAAUAAACGGUAAUGUCCGAAAGUUUGUGGCUUAUAAAUUAGGGGAUCUGGUACCGAAGUAAGUGGUAUCGGACGUACUAGUCAGUUAUACCAGAAAUUUCAAUUUAAGAAUUUCAUAAUGUUGUUGGUGCUGUCUGAUGAGCACAAAGAACAUUUAGGAUUUUUAACUCGAGUAGAUUCCUCAGUUGUUGGUGAAUUUGGGCGAAUUGCUGUUGAGUUUCUAAAAAAAGGGUCAAAUCCUAAAAUAUAUGAAGGAGCAGCAAGAAAACUAAAUGUCAGUGCAGAAACUGUCCAGCAUGGUGUGGAAGGCUUAAUGUACCUCCUAACAGAGAGUUCAAAGUUAAUGAUUUCAGAAGUUGAUUUUCAGGACUCUGUUCUGACGCUGGGAUUCCCAGAAGAACUUAAUGCACUUCUGCUCCAGUUGUACCUUAGCAACAGGAAGGAGAUAAGAAAUAUUUUAAAGGAACUGUCACCUAGUCUUCCUCGCUACCACAACCUGGAAUGGAGGCUCGAUGUCCAGCUUGCUAACAGAGCUCUAAGACAGCAGAUUAAGCCAGUCAUGAUCUUGAAACUGCACCUUGAUCAGAAUGGAGAUAAAAACAGUAAAAUUUUGCAGACAGAUCCUGCAACGUUGAUCCAUAUUAUUCAUCAGCUGGAAAAAGCGUUGGAGGAAAUGAAAACGAGCCACUGUCGAAGAAUCGUACGGAAUAUCAAAUAGCAAAAAAAGCUUUUGAACUCUUUCAUCUGAAUGCUGCAUUUAAACAAAGCAAGAAGAAACUUUGCAGUGUGGAGGGUGUGAUGUUCACUUCGUGAAUUGUGUUAUGCACUUAGUUCAC